GGCGGCUUACUUUGUAUGAUACUGAUAAUAAUUAACAGCACGUUUGUGAAUUUUGUCAUGCAACAUUAUGGAUGCUCUAAAACAACAUUAUACAAUUGUAUUCUCUCAAGCCUUUUCACCUUGUGGUAAAUAUUUAGCAGCUGGAAAUAAUUAUGGAAAAAUUGGAGUGUUUAGUUUAUCAGGAUUUUUGAAUGAAGAAGAAAAUAGCUAUCCAAAACAUGAAAGUAAAUUUCCUGUUUGUACUUUGCAAGCCCAUGAUGAUUCUGUUUAUGCAAUGACAUCAAAUGACAAAUUCCUAAUCAGUGGUGGUAAUGGAGUAAUUCAUGGUUGGAGAUGGGCAGAUGUGAAGUCGAAAGAAACAAAACCAGCAUGGUCACUCUCAAUUCCUCAGGGGGAAAAUCUUACAAUGCCAGAAGUAAAUUCACUCUGUCUUAGUACAAAGGGAGAGAGACCUGCUGUAUAUGCUGGUGGUGGUGACAAUAAAGUCUAUUGCUGGGACCUGGAAUCUGGAACAUUGCUGAUGACAUUGGAAGGACAUACAGAUUACAUUCAUUGUGUGACAGUUUCAAGCACAAGUGUGAAGUGUGCUUCUGCAAGUGAGGAUGGUUCUGUCAGAAUUUGGGAUACACGAAAGCCAGGUGAAGCAGUUCACAAACUGGAACCACAUAAGCAUGAGGAUCUUCAUAGACCAAGAUAUGGCAAGUGGGUGGGCUGCGUGGCUUUGGACAAUCAAGAUGACUGGAUGGUAUGUGGUGGUGGACCCCGAUGUUACUUGUGGCACAUGCGAUCACUGUCUCCUGUGACACCAUUGGUGGCAGGAGAGGAAACAGCUACUGUUGCUACAUUCUACGAUGACACAAUCAUUACAGCUGGUUCACGGCCUUUUGUUUACCACUGGAGCUUUGUUGGAGAAAUUAAGGCAGAAGUACCAACCUCAGCUUCAAGUAUUUACAGCAUUGCUAUAAGUGAGGAUAGCCCACAAAAGAUGCUGAGUGCAGGAGGAACAAGUUACAAGUUGGACAUUUGUACAAACUUCAUGUACAGGGAUUUUUCACUGUUUUUUCCUUCAUCAUAGUUAUGUCCUGUAUGUUCAUUGUUUUUUUAAAAUAUUAAAAUUUAUCUGUAUUAACUAU